AUGCACUCUCCUACAUUAGUCCAUUGGCAAUUGGUGAAGCGGAUUCUUCGGUAUCUCAAGGGUACGGUGGAUCAUGGUCUUUUGUUAUCUAAAGCAUCUCAUUUUUCUUUUCAUGGUUAUGUUGAUGCUGGUUGGGCAUCGGAUCCGGAUGACCGGAAGUCUACGUCUGGAUUUUGUGUGUUUUUUGGUGGGAAUCUUGUUACCUGGGGUUCCAAGAAACAGUCUAUUAUAUCUCGUUCGAGUAUGGAGGUUGAAUAUCGUUGUCUAGCCACUGCUGCUACUGAGUUGAUUUGGUUGUCUUCUCUGUUUUUUGAUUUGCAUAUUUCUGUACCACUGCCUAUUUUGUGGUGUGAUAAUCUUAGUGCAGUCCAUCUUAGUGCGAAUCUGAUUUUGCAUACGAAGACUAAGCGUGUGGAGUUUGACAUAUAUUUUGUUCGUGAUUUGGUUCUUAAUAAGAAGUCUUUGGUUUAUCAUCUUCCUACUACUGCUCAAGUUGCUGAUGUUCUUACUAAACCUUUAGUUGCUGUGAAUUUUACUCGUUUGAAGCUCAAGCUCAAUGUUCGAGAUCCAUACUCCAUUGACUUGCGGGAUAUGAAGAUAUAG